AUGGCGUUCCAAAAGCUUGUCCUCAUUGUCCUUAGCUGCGCCUUUUUGGCGUCUUCUCUACCAGGGUCUUUGGUCAAAUUUGAUACAGAGUCGAUUCAGCGACCUCUUCAACCCAUAAAAGCUGGUAUUCAAAAGGUCAUAUUCCACGAAGAUGGACCGCCAACGUUUGAAAACAAAACGAUCUACGAGGUAAUUAAAGGUGACCCAAGGUUCACUCGCCUCACUAGAGCGAUCAAGUUCAGCGACGAUAUCGUUGAUCAGUUGAAUGAUUCCUCCGUCAGAGUGACCUUCUUUGCUACACCUGACUGGGCCUUACACAAGCCCAAGGAAGAUGCACUUCAGGAUCUACUUCGCUACAACGGUGACGUCAUGCAAGCGCAACCAGAAAUGUACGACUUAUCCACCGCGAUCCAUGCGUAUGAGGAACUAGCCGCCAUGGAGUCAUCUCACGAUGAUUCCGAAAAGAAGCGGCACAGAAAGUUCCUCAGGAUGCUUAUCCGUAUUAUUCUAUCAUAUCAUAUCAUUCCCUGGCGAAUGUCCACCUAUCCGACCAAUCUUUCGCUUCGCUUUGCUAUGCACGACGAGCCUCAACGUAUACGGGUGGAGAGUUCUCUAAUUCCUCCCAGCACAACUGUCAAUUUCUACAGCAAAGUGGUCAGCGCCAAUACUCAGACGAUGAACGGCUUGAUCCAUGUGGUCAAUCAUCCUACUCAUCCCUCCCAUUACCGCCUUCCGGGAAUUACAUCCGCCUGGCAACGGUCUGGUCUUACUGAUGCUUUGGAUUUGCGCUGGGUCCAUGGCAAGGGAAACAAGAAGGGACAUAUAAAGGGUACUUCCGUGACCACGGCUUUCGUACCUACGAAUCACGCUUUCGAGUUAUUGCCGAAGCAGUUGCAACACUACCUGUUUUCUCCCUUCGGUGCCCACACUCUCAAGAAGUUGUUACAAUUCCACGUCAUCCCAGAUCUCAGCCUUCACACAGACGAAACGUAUGAUGAUCCAUUGGCUCGAUUCCUUGGAGAAAUAGUCGAUACGGAGGAGUAUUCCGUCAGCGAUGGAUCUAGCGAAUUGAUUUCGUCGGUUAACAUCACCGCUCCCACCCUCCUUCCGCAAUCAUCCACUCAGGUAUGGGUACACUUUUGGAUCCCAGGAAGAUGGGUACACGAUAAUAGCGAAGAAUCCGAUUGGGAGGAUUGGGAGGAAUGGUUGCCCAAGUGGGCAAUGGAAGCUUGA